AUGUUCGCUUCCCUCCUAUCAUUCGGCCUGCAGGAGGAGGAGAAGGAGGCGGAGGAGCGCAAAAAGCAGGAACUCGCGAAGAAGCCCAAGCUCCGGGGGCGCGAGUGCCCCGGCGCCGAGCACAUCGUGGCAAGAAUGGAGGUGGAGCGGGAGGCGAGCUACGCCUACACCUUUCCCUGCCCGGAGAACGGCUACCAAGUGAUGCGCAGGCCGCAGAGCCGGGCGAAAAUUGCUGGCGUGAAACUGCCGAAAAUUCGAGGUACACAUGAUUGAUUCUAAGGAGGGCUUGUUUUUUCUUUUAGUGCGGCCAGAUUCUUUUCCACUCUGAUACUGAUUCAUUGAUUGUCCCCUUGCAUGCAAAGGUGUCCUUCCUUCUUGAAAGAGUAAGAGAAAGAACAAGAAGCAGAAAAGAAUUAGUAAUUCCAUGAUCCAAAUGCAAAUCCCAUCCACUUCUACUUCAGGCGAGGACCAGACCACGCCUCUCCCUCCUCAAACCGUCGAGGAGCAGAAGUGUCCGGGCGCGGCGCACAUCCGAAAGAAGAUGGAGAUGGAGAAAAAGGCAAUAAACGCCCUGAAAACCCCCUGCCCGCAAAACAACUACAGCGUGUACAUCGACGGCAAUGCCAUGCAGGCGAAAUUGCGCGCCAAGGAGAAACUUCUGGCCAAGCAGAUGAAGGAAAAAACCUCCUCCGGCCCCCGGCCGGCGCUGCGCAGUAAGCCCGAAGUGGUGUUCUCGGCGCAAAUUGAGAAGAGCGUGCUGGAAAAGAGUCUGGCGGAAAUGGAAACGGCAGUGAAGAAGCUGGAAGUGGAGAGCAAUAAAUCUGGAGAGGAAGAGGAAGAAGAUGAUCUAGAUUUCGGGAUGAUUUCCAGCUACGGGGGCGUCCGGCGAAGCAAAGCGAGUGGAACUACUGGCACAGCUCCUCAUGUAGCCGGCAGCGGGCGCGUGGCGGCGAAAAGAGUUGCCGUGCGUGGGGCUGCAGCUUCGGCAGAGAGUGACAACGAGGGAAGUAAUAUGGACGAAGAUUUUGGCAUGAUCUCCAGCUAUGGUGGGGUGCGGAGGAGCAAGGCCUCGGGUACCUCUAGCCCGAGGACUUCGAAAUCAGCAGGCGGUAGGAGUAAGAAAAACACCACAAGACGAGUUGACAUGCCGCCAGAAAGCGACGAGGACAUCGAUUUUGGGAUGAUCUCCAGCUACGGCGGAGUGCGGAGGAGCAAGGCUUCGGGUACUUCUAGCCCGAGGACUUCGAAACCAGCAGGUGGUAAGACAACUAAGAAAAACACCGCAAAACGAGUUGAUAUGCCGCCAGAAAGCGACGAGGAGAUCGAUUUUGGGAUGAUCUCUAGCUACGGCGGAGUGCGGAGGAGCAAGGCCACGUCGGGUCGUACUUCCAGCCCGACUUCGAGCGCAGGACCACCGCAAAGUAAGAAAAACACCGCAAGUAGACGAGUUGAUGUGCCCCCAGAAAGCGACGAAGAAAUCGAUUUUGGGAUGAUCUCUAGCUACGGUGGCGUCAGACGCAGUAA